AUGCUCAAGCUCAUCUACGCUCAAUCCCUCCUCUACCACCUCGCCGUCAACCUAGUAAAAGCAUCGAUACUCAUCCAAUACCGCCGGAUAUUCGGUCGCACAUCAAAAAUGACGAUAAGAUGUACCAACGCACUCUUGCUGACCACCAUCGUAUCGUGUGCAUGGGGCUUCUUUGGCGUGCUCCUCCUCUGUAGGCCGAUAAAGAGGUACUGGGAGAUUGAAAUACCCGGAUACUGCAUCAACGCCGAGGCGCAUUUCUGGUCCACUUCCGUUUUAGGGGUUGUUUUGGACGUGGCUAUUUGGGUGCUGCCAAUACCAGUAGUGAGGAAGUUGGAGGUAAGAGGUAGGCAGAGGGUAGGGUUGGCUGUGGUGUUCGGGUUAGGCAUACUGUAAGUUCUCCGGGAAUCGCAGUUGAUAUGGUGUUGAUGGGAACCUUGACUGACUGUUGUGGACAGGGUGUGUGUUGUUAGUGUACUGCGUCUCGUGCUUGUACACGAUGCGACACGAGAAAAGAAUGUGACCAGUAAGUAUGAACUUUUGCCUUGUACCACCUUCCACCUAAACCAUCUAUGCUUGCACCAAAAUGCUUGUUC